AUGGGGCCGUCCCAGUCAGAGGCACCUGGACCCCGUUUAGGUACAGAAGGUGGCGAGGAAGAACAGGACAGACCCAUGGGGACCACUGUCUCCUGGAUGCUCCCUCUCCUCCUGGUGAUGCCUGUGGAGGUCCGGGACAGUUCUGAUUUCCAUCUGGCUGGGGACUACCUCCUGGGGGGAUUGUUCACCCUCCAUGCCAACGUCAAGGGCAUAUCUCAUCUCAAUUAUAUGCAGGUGCCCCGGUGCAAAGACUACGACGUCAAGGUGCUGGGCUACAAUCUGAUGCAGGCCAUGCGCUUCGCCGUGGAAGAGAUUAAUAACGACAGCCGCCUGCUGCCCGGGGUCUCGCUGGGCUACGAGAUUGUGGACGUGUGUUACGUCACGAACAACAUCCAGCCUGUCCUCUACUUCCUGGCCAAGGAGAACUUCAACCUGCCCAUCCAGCAGGACUACAGCAGCUACGAGCCCCGGGUGGUGGCCGUCAUCGGCCCUGACACCUCCGAGUCUGUCAUCACCGUCAGCAACCUCCUCUCCCUCUUCCUCCUUCCGCAGAUCACCUACAGCGCCAUCAGCGACGAGUUUCGGGACAACAGCCGGUUCCCGGCUCUAUUCCGCACCAUCCCCAGUGGGGAGCACCAGAUCAAGGCCAUGAUCCAGCUCAUAACCCACUUCGGCUGGAACUGGGUGAUCGUCAUCGCGAGCAGCGACGACUACGGCCGGGAGAACAGCCAGCUCUUCAACGAGAAGCUGGAGGGGCAGAAAAUCUGCGUGGCCUUCCAGGAGUCCCUCCCUGUCCCCCUGGGCAACCAGACGCUGCUGCCCUCGGAGAAGAGGAGGCUGCAGACCAUAGUGGACAAGAUCCAGAACAGCUCCGCCAAGGUGGUGGUGGUGCUGUCCCUGGAUCUGGCGCUCUAUGACUUCUUCGAGGAGGCCAUCUCCCAGAACGUCGCGGGCUACGUGUGGAUCGCCUCCGAGUCCUGGUCCAUCGACCCCGUCAUCCACGGCAUCUCCCGCAUCCAGCAAAUCGGGACCUUCCUGGGCAUCAGCACCCAGAACAUCCCCAUCCCGGGCUUCAGCGACUUCAGGGUGCGGCGGACCCCCGCGGGGAGGCCGGCGACGGACAAGAAGCGCUCGGGGCCCACCUGCAACCAGGAGUGUGACACCUGCCCGGACACCCUGCAGUCCUACAGCGCCAUCCUCACCCGCUCUGGGGACCGCGUGGCCUACAACGUCUACUCGGCCGUCUACACCGUGGCCCACGCUCUGCACCGCCUGCUCGGCUGCAACGCUACCAGCUGCGCCAAGGACACGGUGUACCCCUGGAAGUUGCUUCAGGAGAUUCGGAAGGUGAACUUCACCCUAUUGGGCCACAGGAUCUACUUUGACAAGAAUGGGGAUCCACCCAUGGGCUUGGAGAUCAUUCAGUGGCAAUGGGAUGAGGGUCACAAUCCUUUUGAAAGAAUCGCCUUCUACAAUCCAGCCCAGCAGAACUUGUCCAACGUGGCUACCAACAUCUCUUGGAACACCCCCAACAACUCGGCUCCCUUCUCUGUCUGCUCCAACAGCUGUCAGCAGGGUCAGCGGAAGAAGCCCAUGGGGCUGCACAUUUGCUGCUUUGAGUGUAUCAACUGUCCUGCUGGGACCUACCUCAACCAAUCAGAUGACUAUGAAUGCCAGUCCUGCCCCCAGAACGAGUGGUCCGAGGAGGGGGACACGCACUGCUUCCGGAGGCACCUGCGCUUCCUGGAGUGGCGGGAGCCGGCCACCAUCUUGGUGGCGCUGCUGGCGGGCCUCGGCUUCCUGGGCACGCUGGGCGCGCUGGCCAUCUUCUGCGCGCACUUCCAGACGCCCGUGGUGCGCUCGGCGGGGGGCCGCAUGUGCUUCCUCAUGCUGACGCCGCUGCUGGUGGCCUACGGCGCGGUGCCCGUGUACGUGGGCCGGCCCUCGGUGCCCACCUGCCUCUGCCGCCAGGUGCUCUUCAACCUGUGCUUCACGGUCUGCAUGGCCUGCAUCACGGUGCGCUCCUUCCAGAUCGUCUGCGUCUUCAAGAUGGCGCGCCGGCUGCCGCGCGCCUACAGCUGCUGGGUGCGCUACCGCGGGCCCUACGUGUCGGUGGGGCUGCUCGCGCUGCUCAAGGCGGCCAUCGUCACGGCCAACGUCCUGCUCACGCCCACCAGCCUCACGGUGCGCUACGACCCCGACGACGCCCGCGUCAUGAUGCUCAACUGCAACGGCCACUACGGCCGGGCCCUGCUGCUCAACACCAGCCUGGACCUGGUGCUCUCCGUCCUGGGCUUCGGCUUCUCCUACAUGGGCAAGGAGCUGCCCACCAACUACAACGAGGCCAAGUUCAUCACGCUCAGCAUGACCUUCUACUUCGUCUCCUCCGUCUUCCUCUGCACCUUCAUGUCCGUCUACCAGGGCGUCCUGGUCACCAUCUUCGACAUGGCCGUCACCGUGGUCAACCUGCUGGGCGUCAGCGUGGGCUACUUCGGGCCCAAGUGCUACAUGAUCCUCUUCUACCCCGAGCGCAACACGGCGGCCUACUUCAACAGCGUGAUCCAGGGCUACACCAUGAGGAAGGAGUAG